AUGGGUCUGCAUAUCCUUUUAUUUGGAGCGCCGGGAUGUGGCAAAGGGACUGCGAGCGAGUUUCUUGUCCGUCGUUAUGAUUUUAUUCACGUAAGCACGGGGAAUCUCUUACGAGAGGAAGUGAAGAAGGGUAGUGCAAUCGGUCGGCAGGUUGAGGGGCUUAUGAGUGAGGGACAACUAAUACCAGACCAUGUGGUUGUUGCCAUGAUUAUUAACCGCCUUCAACGCCCUGACACAAAAGGAAGGGGAAUUCUCCUUGAUGGUUUCCCACGCACCCGAGCACAGGCGGAGACGCUUGCCGCCAAUGGGUUCAAGGUGGAUGCGAUGAUUUUUAUCGAUGUUGACGAGAUUAAACUUGAGGAACGUUGCGUGUUCCGCCGUUUAGACCCAGUGACCGGCCGCAUUUACAACCUAAAGAGUGAUCCGUCGCCGCAAGAAAUUAUGGGUCGUCUUUUGAUUCGCUCAGACGACAACAGGGAAAAGCACAGACGCCGCAUGCAGGUUUAUCUGAAGCAGAAGGCAUCCCUCAUGGAAUAUUACCGUGGGAAGGUGUUGGAAGUUGAUGGCAACCCUCCGCUUCCCGUUGUGCUCAAAUCAGUGGCCACAAAAGUGGAUGAACUUCUUCGUAUCGAAAAGAGCAAGUUGUAA